AUGCCUGAUCUAGUCGGUAUCGGUGGUGUCAUCAGUUGUAACUCUGCGACAGCGGACCUGAAAAGCUCUCAGGGCGAUAUCAUCAGCGUAGUCAAGAUCAGUCAGUCAGCGUCUGGGUGCAAACUCGGUUGCGAUCUUCUCGAGGCUCCAGUUAGUCACGUAGUUGGAUAGAGUGGCCAACAUGAUACAAUGUCGGAUGUUGGUUGGGAUACCGAACAGUUGGGACAAUUUGUCAUGGACCAGAACUCGCGCAGUACGGAAGCGAUAGAAGGCAUUGAUCAAGGCGAUGAUCUUGGCCGGCACCAUCUAGUUCCAUUAUCUGCCACUGACUGACGACGGACAGAAUCGACCGCAGCAGCGGAGUCAACACAGCAGACAGCCGUAGGGUAUAAGUAACUAUGAGGGGAUUCAAGAAUACGCGUCAGUGUGUAUCUCUGGUGCGGUAGUCCACGCUGAACAUGGAAUCCUGCUUGAAUGCGCUUCGUUAUAGAUUCGCUCACAGUCUAGGAUCGCCUGUGGAGGAUAAGAGCGAAGACCUUUGCAGCAGAGACGAUAAGGGUUAUACUGGGAUAGAUCAUGCAUAUUGUCAUUUCUACCUUCUUAAGGACGGUCACAAGGAUAUCUGAGCCACACUCCACGCUAGCUCCAUCACAUCAGUGUCAGGGCAUCCGAAUGUUGACACAUGGCCUGUAUAUUUUUCGGGAAUACCGUCCUCUCCGGGUAACUUACUGUUACACAGCCUUUGCACCGCACCAGAUACUUCUUCGAAAGGGGAUCGCACGACACUGCACAGGUUUGAAAGGGACGAAACUCAUCAAAGGUGAGAAGGUGCUGGAUGUGUUCAUGCUAUAGUUUUAUCUUGGUCGUCAUUCCCGUCGUAAAGAGUCUCGCAGUUCGGAGGGCCUACUACUAACUUGACAGACAUUUUGGUACAGCCUUCGAGUGUCAACAACGUUUGAGGCCUGCUCCUUGAAGGUCGCUGUUUCAGUCCAAUGUUUCUGCCGGUCAUCCCUAAGCGACUUGACUGUCAUUUUCCAGGGUUUGUGGAAGGAAUCAUUAUUGCCGUACUUGGCUGAAGCCGUCUGAGCAGAUUGCUGCAGGAUUCUUCCGUUAGUCUAAUCACUGCCGCUCUGUUAGGUGAAUUCAAGAACUUUCUCAGGUGCCCCAUAUACUUCCGUGUAGACCACUGGAAACUACCUGUUCGUCACCCCAGUUCGUAAAACGGAACGGAUUUCUGUGCUCAGAAUCUCAAUAUGAGAUUCAGGAGUCUCGUGUGUGGCAUUUUCCAGGGCAGCUGGCGGGUGCGCUUCCAGGCAUGGAUAGAAAUACUGCAGUCGGACAUCUCCAUAAGGGUUCUUGAGGAUUUUAGUUAAGGCAAGUCCCCAGCAACAGCUUCGAUUGUUUGUUUACUGUUGUCUCCUCUAAAGCUGUCGCUCGAGAAUCCAGCCACAAAGCAGCGAUUUCUGGCAAACUUGUUGAGGGCGCACACUUCGCCAUGUCACAGUGCCACCACCAGUCUAUGCGGCAACUUAUGAGACAGUCGGCGUGUCAGACCUCAGUCUUCUGCACCCAGACGCCACAGUUGCUGCAGAUCCAGGGCUACCUAUUCAGGUGGGGCUCGGAAAGGCGGUCCUGAAUGCUAACAAUUUAUCCCUUUCGUAUUGUUUUCGAUUUAAGGUGCUUCGCGGACUGCUGCGGUUAUGAAUCACAAUUGCGCUUGCAGUUUCGCCUUACAUUAGUGUUAGGGCUCCGACAAGGUUUAGUAUUGUGUAAUGCCAAACAUGUCUUUCGCCCAGGACGCUCCAGCCAAACGAGUGUUUUUUACUCGAACGAGAGGUGGACAAGGUCUACUGAUAAGGGUUAUCCCGUGGACGUCAUAUUUUUUGACUUCAAGAAGGCCUUCGGCAGUGUCCCACACAGGCUUCUUUUACAGAAGAUCUGGGAUGUAGGAAUUCAAGGAAAAAUGCUUAAUGCAUCAGGAGUUUUCUGUCCUCCGGAGUGCAAAGAGUUGUUCUUGGUAACGCUACCUCGGAAUGAGCAAAGGUGGAAAGUGGUGUCCCACAGGGUUCUGUUUUAGGCCUACUACUCUUCCUGAUCUACGUUUAUGACUGCAUCAGCUAACUGGAUUGCAAGGCCCUCAUGUCUGCGGACGACGUUAAAUUAGAAGUGAAGUCAUGUGUGAUGAUGACGCAAGGAAGUUGCAAUCGAACAUCGGCAAACUGAGUGUUUGGUCAGAUGGCAUUUAAAGUUAAAUGUGCCCGAACGCGUGGUCUUGCACCUAAACGCCGGCCAAACUAACUCUCCCAAACACCAGUAAUAUAUUAAUGACCAGCCUUUCAUCGACGAUAUGCUGACUUAAGCACGUGUUCUGUGAACACACUUCAUUCAUCUUAUACUGCAGAGCACUUUACAACAGAGAGCGAACAGUUAAAAUUCGUCGUCUGGAUUAGCUGGCAGGGGUGACGGACAGUCACUAAGAUUUCGGAUGCUAAAAUGAUUAAGAAGCUUCCAAAGUCUACUCUGUCGCAACCAUCCGCACUUAUGCCAAAGAAGCUGACCAGAUCGGUAGUUUUUUGCAGUUAGGAGGCGACAACGAAAGACUGCCGCCGAGGUAUAAAGCCCUGUCGCAAACUCGUUAACUCAAUGAAAAUCUUUUUUUUGCCCCGGCUGGCAUGUUGGCCAUCUACAAAAGAUUAUGGGGGCGCCGCGCAUCAUUGAUUCCUGCGGACCAUGUUAAAGCACCUUGCCCUGCAGCCGGACAGGUGUGUCACCGACUGUCUGCAGGUACAUCGAGUCCCCGGUCGAAAUGCUCCAAAAGUCUAGGUGUUAAGGCCGCAAACCAGCAGGCGCUGUAGUAAUUUAUUGCUGAGAUAGUUAAACGCUGGUUCUGGGGUAUCUGCUUGUUCUUGCUCUGGCUGUCAGGGCCGCUCGGCAAGAGAAGUCAGUUCCGGCUCUGUGACUAUCCGAUCACGCUGCUGAUGGAUGCAGCCGCCGUCCGGCUGCAAAUCGCACGGAACAUUGGCGCGCAAGCACCUUGGGGUCCGUUUCAUGUGGGCCUUGCCAAUGUGGAUUUUGCCAAAGGCCGCAUUCAGAGAGUCCUUUUCUUCAUUUAGCUCAACAUGUAGACGUCACUGCCCUGUCGUGCACCUCCAAAUUCUGAAUUUUUCACUGCAUUUCACGGUUUUUUGUUCAUUUUUCUUCUAAAUCAUUUAACAGGGAUUGCAUUUGAAUAAGGCGUACGUUUGGUUGAUCACUAUCGCACGGAGCUUACCUCACCCGGACAUUUUACUAGGGUCAAAUUCAGGCGGGGGAAACGGGUAGGCUACUUGUCACAUCCAGGCGCACAGGUAAGUAAAUUGGGCUUAUGAUGUUAGGUAUCUUAUUUUUUCAACACAUAUCGUGUUAUAUGUUCCGCUCGAAAUAGGAUCUUUGGCCUAUUUUAGGGUAAUUGCCCCCCAUGGUUAGGGUGUCUAGUUUACUUAUGAUUAGUAGACCCGAAAAACAGAAAUGUCGGUGGAUUGGGAAAUUUACCUAUUAUAUAAAAUUUAAAUUUAUAAAUAGACUUCUGAAAUAAGUGUACAAAAAGUUAAAGCAAGAGUAAUCUUGCUGUAGAUGUUGCUAUUCAGUACCUCCAGUGAUUGAAAGUCUCUCUCAGUAGUUCUUUACCCGAAACCAGUAAUUUUCAAUGUUGUUUGUAUGGACACCUGUCCCAACAUUGACAAAUGAGUGUUGAACCCAAAAAUAAAUAUGUAAUAAAGUUCGAUGUUGAUAUUUUAUGAGUGCUAUCGUGUGUCCUAUGUUUGGGCUGGUGAUUGUAUGGAAAAAAUGAGGCGAUGGACUUAAAGCCCGCUGGAUCUUCCAAAUAUUGCCUUCAAUCCCCAAGCGCCGACACUCGCGUUUUUGUUGCCCACCACCGCCUCUCUCACUCGAUCACACCUUGUCUUUCCCUUAUUAAAAAUCGUUAAGGCCUUUUACAAACCCUUCUCAUUUUGCGUAUACCAAUUCACUCCUGUUUCGGAUAAGUAGUAAUAUUUCUCCAUAACCACGACGUCGCCUUACUUCUCCAUAUAUUUUUACAUACCACUCGAACCGUCAGUUCAUGUUUACCUUCAACUCCGAACUGUGUGUUAGUACAUUUCGGCACUAACGUAUUUAUCUCUAUAUUCCAUUCCAUCCCCAGCCGAAAUAGUAUUUAUCGACAGUCUAUCCCUCUCUGUUUACUUUCUUGUAAAUCCACACCACACGAGCUCUUCGUCUUGCGGACGUCUCUUUCUCACCGAUAGACAUUCGGCAGCGAUAGUUAAGCUGCAUAUCGGCCUCCGACCUACCACCCUUGCUCUCCUGAAAUCUCAAUUUGAAGUUGAUGGUGACUGAAAUCUACACGUGGAACUAUGGCCACGCCGCCUAUUUCCGAACUGCCUCCUCCAAUCCCUGCUUAUUCUGUACUGGGACAGCCAGCUCGUCGACGGUUCGCCCCUCGGCAUGACCUCCUCACCAAAGGCUCUUUGCGACUUUGGGACGGUUCAAUUACUUUGUUCGCUCGAGGACAAUUCUAAAAUUUGCCACAUAAUUGUUUUUUUUUUACACGCUUGCUGGAUCCCGUGGGACCGCCAAGUGCGCUGACACACUCCUCGCAUUGGCUUGCAAGGUAUAUCGCAACACGGACAUCGGCGCUAUUCGUCAUAGGGAGCGAAACUAGAGUUUCAGUUCCUCCUCUUUGACUUGACAAUUGACCGCGCCUUUGAGGCCCACCUACACGAUCCCAGGACCGAUACUCAGUCAUUCUCACAACCACGGCUUCUUGGGGACGCUCCAUAUUAUGCAUCCUUAGAUUGCUGAUACCGAUGGCGGUACAGGGACCGUGGGAGGCGAUGCGUUCACAACCGAAAGUCAGUUAAGUCCCCGUAAUGUGACAUCUCUCUCUCUCUCGUCUACGACGCCUUCCACACUGACCCAAUCGUGUUUACUAUCACUGUCGCCCUCCAUAACUGCGCGUCAGUGUGUUUCAUCCCCCAAUCCUACCGCCACACGCCUACAGAUCCAUCACCCGUCCAAACAUACGCUUUAUCGAAACCAAUGGUCCCAAAGUCGGUCUCCUCCUCCUGUACAAAUGCGAACUCUGCGUACCAUGUCGGUACCCUUGGACUUUACGUUUGACACUGUCUUUGGCUUUGAAUUCUUACGGGCACAUUCGCUUAGUAUUCCCAUCACCGCUUCCACUACGGCUGUCUUCCAACAUCUGUCGUCACCUGUCUCUGUUUCCAUUGAUGUCCAAUCCAUUGGCACAAUCCCUCUGACAACAACAGUGACGGUUGGUGCCUUCUUCUUUAGAAUGUGACGGUAGCCUGACGUACCGUCCUCGAAGACACCCGCUGCACACAGUUUUCGUGCCGGCUGAACAACCUAUCAGGCGAACCUCGUUGAUCCAAUAUCGGAUAAAUACUGACGCCAUCCCUUACAGCACCAAACAAUUUGGUCUCAUGCCCAUUCAUUAUUAAAAUGAACUAGUCUCUGGUGGCAUCUGCGUCCUUACCCAGGAAUUAUUGACCCCGUGGAUCGCUCCAGUUACGUUUGUGAAGAGGGAGGCCGGUGGGUUAUUGUCGGAUUUAGAUUGUCGCAACUGGAAGGGUUGGCGACACAAUUGCUUCGUUGACUGCAUCUCCUGGCUCACCCAUUCAGACUUUUCACUGGGUUUUAGCAGAUAGAAGACCGUCCUAAGAUUGCGUAUUUUCUCGACGCGGGUCUAGUUCAACAUCCACGGGUCGGAUCGACGCUAUGGCCACGUGUCAGUGGUCUAUGCAACAGGUUUUUUAAUGCGUAUUUCCGCGCGUCUGCCUUGCGUGUCUUGACGGCAAACCCCUUGAUCAUCUGCAUCACAGUCAACAAACAGUUCUGAAAUGCAUACAAACUUCUGGUGUCACACCAGCGAAUGUCUGCUUAGGUCCAACAACGAUUCAGCACCACGCGAAAAGAGAUGCUAGCGUAGGUUGCGUUUACCAACAAGUUAUAUCGUUCUCCUCUUACUGAAUACUUUUGUCCCUACGGAUGAUCGAGCGCUGAAAUGGCUAAGUAAAUUUGGAGCAGUCGAGGCAGAAAUUGCUCUGUAAUGUUGGUUUUUUGGAGUGCUCUAUUUCAAGGAUUAAUAUCGGCCUGAAAGCCGUAGCGUAAGUACCGAUGCGCUGUCUUGACCACCUUCGUCACUCCUGGAUCUUCAUUACAUUUUCUCCUGCCCAAGUUCAAUUGGCUCAACUGCAGGCGUCUGAUCCUGGCAAUUCGCUCAUCUACGAUCAGCAGAAACACUGCAUAACAGAACUCUGCGUAUGAGGUGGGGGUUCCAGGUGGGUGAUAUCGCCUUCAACUCGUCUGAUCAGUGACGUUUUCUCUCCCCGGAGGCGUCGUCAUUUAGAUCCUUAACCACAAGGCCACACAAGAGGUUUACUCGUGCUAAGUAGACCUAGAAUAUAAUUUCCGCCGGUAACGGUUUUGGUGACCCAAACAGCAGCAUGACUUCACUUCGUCGAACCCGUGUACCUACGUCUGGAAUAAGGACCUCAGGAACAGACGUUAUAUUCACUUAGGACGAAGGAAGUCCAGUUCUCCAUUCUACCGGAUUGAUCUGGAUGUCGUCAGACCACUAUUUUAGACUCGGAAAAGCAAUCGUUUUACCUCGGUGGUUGUCGACUGUUUCCCCAGAUAGUUUGAGGUCAUAUCCCUCCCUCACCAUGAAUACCUCCUCGUAACAACAACACUAUUUGAGCAUGGAGUAACUAACUACACACCCCCUAACCACACACUGAAUGUGGCGCUUCCUUCAAGGGCCACCCAUUCCAGGCUCGUUUCAAUGGUUGCGGCAACAUCUAGACCUGCUUCUCACCCUUCCGUUCAGCGCGCACUCUGAUUCGUUCUCUGUAGUAUGGUCAGUCGAUCGCCUGGAGACUCUGGGAUGACCGCCUUCCGCAAUGCCUACUGGCUUAUUGCGCCCCAGCCGCCCCCCUCGCUUAUCUGCUUCCUAAAUGUUACUUUGGCCGUGAUCCUCGCUUUACAUCCGAACCCACUAUGUCAGACAGUUUGUCCGUCGCGACUGACGAAGUCCACUGUGUACAGCAUUGAAUGGACACAUUACCUGUGACUUCCGCGCGAAUUAGUUUGCGGCGAGGAAGACUUGUACAAAGUCUACUCCACCCUCACCGAACUGGCUCCAAUGGCAAGACAAUUUCAAGACAAUCGGAGAUGAGCUCAGGAGCAGGCGACCUGCUCACUACAGCGUGUGCCAGGCCUUCAUAUGGGCGGCACCGAUUGCACAUGCUUGAACGUGCCAUACAGGCCACAUUGCGAAAAAGCCAUCACAGUCCGCCUCUCAGUCCAAGGAAGGACCGAGGUAUCCCGUAAGUUGACAAUGCUCCAGGCCACGACCCGUGGUGCGUUGCGGCAAAUUCAUGCGCGUCGGAGCUACUGUAGUGAGGAAUGCGUUGGUGUGCCCCAAUGUCAGCAUCAUUCUUUUCUCCCCCUAUUCUCUCCCCUCCAUGCACCACUCGCCUGUCGGAGCCUGCCAACCAUCGGGUGCUGGGAUUGGGCGUCAUGAGGUCUACGUCUAGACAUGGCUUUACACGUCCCGUGUACAGUAGUAGUUGUUGACUAGCAUGGACUCUGCACAACCCGUUUAGCACGUGGCAUUAGCCAGUCUGACCUCUGUUUUGGUCUAACGCAUUUCUAUUUCACGUCCCUCCCCCGCAUUCAACUUAAUCCAUAUCUACUCAGCUCGGCUGACUCCCACCAAGCCACACACCCUACAAUCAGAACGAAAUUACAGACACCCAAUUUUCAUAAGGACUACUGCGAUCGUAUGUCCCGCGGCACUGAUUACGACUCCUCCCCCAAUGGGUACAGCAGGCAGAUUUCACCAUCAAACAUAAAGUUCCAAUAUUUCUUCCCGUCCCCUCCUACUCCGCCUUUUCCCCCUCCGUACACUUCAAUUUUAUUCAAAUUGAUAUAACCCACGUGAUCUGCCACAUUUCCCCAGCCCGCCACAUUCCAUGGAAUCCCCAGCCCACCCAUUCAUUAUGACGCCCCAUACACCACCAUUCUGUCCUUUCCGCACAAUUCGCGCCGAGAACUGCGUUCUCUUCUCAGAGUGGGUGUCUGUCACGCCCACCAAACCGAACAAGUUGAUAAUGGUUUGUAAUGCCAGUUGUUCCUAUUUCUACGGCACUGGUCGCUUCGUGGGUUCCUCUGGAAACAGCAUAACCUAGGCAGUCUCCCAAUCCCCGCCCCCCUUCCCCGACCGCGAACGCACACGUUUCCAUUCUUAACAACUAUUCCACACGGUUGGCCGCAUUUCUUAUUACGUGUACCAACUUCUCCUCACUGGGAAAUAGUAAUAACCUUUUUCCGCAAUUACUACCGCGUUUUGUCAUAAUCUCUUCUCGGCGCAUUUUUACACCACAUCCACAUCAUGGUAGACUUGCUUUUGUUUUCACUUUCGUUGGCGUCUGGCUCUUGCCAUGUGAAGUAGACAGGUAUUCAUCUGAUCACUGUUUUUUUCCAGAUAUUGUGCGAAUGAUUAGCAGAAAUGCAAACAACUCCUUUUCUGCCUUCCAAACGAGUGUUGAUGAUGCAUGGGAAGCCGACGAUGACGAAUAUCUCACAAUAUCCAAGUCAGGUACCGCGUUGGGUUUUUUUUUGAAAAUCUUUUCUAGUUGCUGAAAAAACAGCCCAGGCAGUUAUCGAAUCGCAUACAAAUGAAGUAAAGGUGAGUUAUUUCACGUCCUUUACUUCAUUUGCUUACCCUAUCCCACAACCUGGCUCAUCCUUUACGUCAGCGGCGGGCUUGGCGGUCCUUUUCACCGGGAGUCUCCUUGCUUAUUUAUUUUGAAUGACAUUUUGGGGACUCCCACUCAAUCUAAGUGGUUAAUAAACUAGCCAAGUCCAAUUAGAUGGAAGCACAGGAAAUGUUACGGAGCAGAAGUUUAAUGGUUUCCUUUUGGUAGGGGCGCUCACCGAUCGUUCUUACGGCAGUCUCUCGUUCCGUUGCGCCUUACGGGCUCUCCCUCGAGCCCCAACCAGCAGCCGCACAGUGGCGCAUGAUAUAGAAAGUAUGUUAUUGCCGACAAAGACGAGGGAGACUGGAAUGGCCAUUUCUGGCUUAUUAGCCGUCGUCGGCCAGUCAUACCCAAUCCCGAAGUGUGGAACACCCGAGCCUCGAACUCGCGACCUGUUAGUUAGAAGUCCACGCCUCUAACCACUGGGCUACGAGCCCGUUGCCCAGUCGGUUUUCGAUCGGGAAUAUACAUUGGUAGGGCGUGCUCACCGAUGGUUUUCUUGUCUGCACUUGUGGAUGGAUGAUGAAAUCACCAGACCAUCGCUGCUCGAAUUUUAUCUUUUUGUUAGACACCGGUGACGACGUUCGAUCUCGCCUUUUAGUCAUUCUCAAUAUGCCCUCUGAUCACACGCUCUCAACUUAGCACGCCAAUUGGAAUGUCAUGUCACUUUUAAUUCCGCAUUCUACAGAAGACGGUCUUGCGAAUGAUAGAUGCUUAUUGGCACUCGUGGCUCAAUUAAUAUGCAGCAAACAUUUUCACUUCCCCUCACUGCACAGCUGCAAGGGCUUCAGCUUACCAACGGUUUCCCCAGCGAUGACCAUGUGGUCACAAGAUGAGAUGCGUUUUCAAAUCACUUGUGUAGUUUUGUCCGAAAUUCGUGUGAAAACUCAGACCGACAGCCUAGUAAACAGUGACAAACUUAGAUUAAUGAGAAACUGGCAGGAGUGGGCCUUUUCAUGGUUCCUUAUCAUCCAUGAAUCUGACAGGCACCUAAUGCCUGUUACUUUGACUUUUGGCUGACUGAAAACAUACCACUUGGGGUUAGAUGUCUGUUCACUUUGUGGACCUUACGUCCUUUUGGAGCACUACAUUCUGCAGUUUUCUUUGGUAAACAAAACGUUUUGCUUCGUACCCAUUUAUCCGCACUCAACUGUGAUACCUGACCAUAAAAGUGACUGGUUUCCUCUCCCGUAAUUCUCUGGGACAUGUUCACAUGAUAGUUAAUUACUUCUUCAAAUUUGAUGCUGGAGGGAAGGGUGGUUUUCGGCUUUAAAAAGUCUGACUGUGAUCUUUUACUACCGUGAGGUGUCAACGCAUGGAGCAUCGGAACUGUAUGUUUAUUUAUGGGGUUUAUGUAGCAUACAAAAGGGUUCGCUUCACAUUCAUUACACAAUUGUACGAGCCGUCUGCGACAUCUUAAUAGUUUAGUGAACUAUGUGAUUUCCCCCACGCGGAAAGCUCGCAGUACGUAGUUUCGCAACCCUAAGCCCAGGUGCAACUGCAGGUUGGGUUUCGAGAAUUUAAAAAGUUUUAUAAAACCCAAAAUGCGCCCAUUCUCUGAGAAUAUAAUUUUAAAAAGACGUAAUUUUGUGCAAAAUGAGCACAUGAAAACAUAUUUUUGCGCCUGUUUAAGUAAAAUGUAUUCGAAUUUAUGCGGGCCUCGAAAAUUAGUGGAAAAAAUGUCAUACUACUCUAAGGUUCAUUUUCUACUGAGUGCAGUUUUUGCGGAUAGCCGUUAAGAGGCUCUUACAAAUACCGGCGUCCCUGUAUGCAUAAAUUACAUUGAGAUUCUGCCUCGUUAUAAUCAACGUUACAAUCCCACCCAAGUAAUAUUUUUUGAUCGAAAGCACAUUUCAGAAUUUCAUUUGACAUUUCAUGAAAUAGGUCAGCCGCUGUACCCCCAUACCAUUGCUACUCCCCUCUAUCAUAGGUAGACUUCAAAGCCACGGCUUUAGUGGCUGAUCGAAUGUGUUCUCGCCUACUGUCUACUGUCGUUGUAUCAGGGUGCCAUGGCCUUGUCAUUAUUCCAGGACCUUUUGUCAUACGGCCUUCUUCCGCGCAAAAUCUAGUCGCACUCUACGGAGUGAAACAAUAAAGUCUUGAUUGCUUUGCUAGCUCAGUUGCCAAUGUAGACAUCCGAAGAGGAUUGGCCUGACGGUCUAGACAUCUAGAAUGCUCGCCUACCAGCCUAAAUAACAGUAUUUCACCAUAUUUGGGGCUUUCUCCGCAAAUGGUAAUUUAAGCUGCUCUGCCCUUCAUUUCAGGGCAUACGGCGACCAAUUAUGGGAACCUUCAAAUCAUCACCAAAUACCUCCGUGAAACAGGCACCUGGCUGCGGUGUUCGCCUCUCGGCUGCCAACGAUUCUGUCCUAACUUUGAGUCAGCCCUCCGUCGAGUGUCGAAUAGCCAAAUUUCAGUCCGUAAUAAAUUCUCCCGUAACUGACCUUCGUGAGUGAACAACCGAUUCUUCACCUAAUGCACUUUUUAUUCUGUACUUUGGCGCCAAUUGCGUUUGCUUAGUGCCUACUAUAAGCACUCUUCUAUAGGUCUCUUCAGCUAUUCAUGCUGAGAAGUAUUCUGUGUCUCAGCCGACAUACUGCUCGUUAUUGCAGCCUCAACUUUCAACUUGUUCCUCCACCGUGUCAAAGUCUUGAAGCAAGAGUACCGCCACCAAAAGCCCUGUAAGAUUUGCUUACAAAGUAUCGGGAUCGGGGGGAGGCGGGUUUGUCCGUCUUAUGUUCCCUUUCUGAGCGCUUUGGCAUGUUUGAACUUGACCGUGAGACGAUAGACGCGUGUUGGCUGUGGUCUCCGUAUCCGGGCGAUAUCUGCUUCCCGGGAACGGUCAGUUUUUCAGGCUUAUGGCCGUGAUAGCUCACCGGAGUAGCUUGCGGCCAUUUCACCUGUCACAGGGGGUUUUCGCGCCUAUUCCGCUGUCGGUGGUUUGCGGUCCGAUUAAAAGGCUAACCACUGCCAUCUCAGGCGGUUUCAGUGUGUACGUGGUGCAGAAAUAAAACCGGAGCAGACCAGGCUUCUCAAGGUCAAGGUUGACCACUGCCUUCGAGAUUACGUUGCUGCACUCACCUCCGUCCUUAACGAUCUCUGUUGCUGAUACUGGAGCGAACUAAUUUUGUCGACCAGAAUGCACUCUCGUCCUACAUACGUCUGCUUUCUCGCUUUCCGCAGCUCUCCCUGAAUCCUUCAAAACGCAAUCAGGAGAUGAACCAUUAUCUCGCCCAUUCUUUCCUGCAUUUCGUACCACCUGGCUUCCAGAGAGAGGCGUGCACUGUAAACGGCCUCUUGCGUAAGUCGUCGUUGCCUUCCCCGGCAGUGAUGAUUCUCAGCUAGUGCGAUAGGCGAAAACGGGCGGUCUUUCAUGAUCUGCGGCGGAGGCUUCGCCUUUAAGUGGCAAACUUGGUUGGAUAUUUAAUGCGAUCCGGGGACGAACUGAGGUUGUCUGAGCACCCUCCUCGUCGUCUGGUCAGUGUUGCCGUCGAAGCGUAGGUCCACGUAGAACUUUGUUCGGCGCAGUUUGCCAAGGCAUGCCAGUGGCUCCUCGACUUUCAGUAUUGGACUUCCGUCUCUGGAGGGAAGAGAAUGGGUCUGGGUUUUCCAGAUGCACUGCCGCAGGUGGUCAUGCGUGAAGGGGUACCGCUCGCGGCAUGCUAGAACACUGGAUUACUUAAGGCCCAGUGACUAAGCAGCCCGGGUUCAGAUUCCAGGUUGUCCAGACCUGCGGUUGGGUAUGUCUGCCCGACGCUAGUUAGUAAACUGGAAGUGUCCAUCCCAGCGUCUCUUGUCUUUUGUCGGGAUUCCUUUUUCCGUCAUUGCUCGCACUAAGCGACUGCCCGCAAGGACUCUAAAUUGGUCUCAAAGACACAGCAGGAGAAGCAUGUUCUACAACCUGAUCAGUGACCCCCCUCCCAAUAAUGACAAAUGUGACUGUAUUUUGUGACGGUUGAGUUCUGCCACGCCUGGAGCUUGCGCUUAGAUCACGUCUGGGUCACUAACUUUGUGGCGAAUAAGCAGUGAGUGCACUCAGAACUCUACAAUUACCAGGCCAAAUCCCGAGUCGCCUUAUCCUGUUAAUAUCUUCUCCCCGUGUGGAGUUUUUUUAGGGACGGUUAGUUGGUCAGGCUUAUGGCCACGACUGCUCACCGGAUCAUUUUGCGGCCAUUCCACGUGUCACAAGUGUUUUUCACGUCUAUUUCGUUGUCAGUGGUUUGUGCUACGAUUACAAGGCUAACCUUCUGCCUUCUCUGGCAGUUUCUUUGUAUGCACAGUGCAGGUGUAAAACCCGAGCAGACCGGACUUCGAGGUCAAGGUUGAUGUCUUGAUAAACCCUUUACUCCGACGCGUCCUUCGAGCUUACGUUGCUGGCCUUGCUUCCGUCCUUUGCGAUUUCCGUUGCAGAUACCGGAGCAUACUAUUCUUGUCGACUAGUAUGUACGCUCGUCCUACUUAUGUCUAAUUUCUAGUUUUCCGCAACCCUUCCACAAUCCUCUAAAACGCAGUCUGGAAAUGAACCACUAUCUCGUCCAUUCUUUUCAGCAUUUCAUACCGCCGGGCUUCCAGAAAGAGGCGUACACUGUAAACGGCCUCUUGCGUAAGUCUUCGUUGCCUUGCCCGGCAGUGAUGAUUCUCAGCUAGUGCGGUAGGUGAAAACGAGCGGUCCUCCAUGAUCUGCGGCGGAGGCUUCGCCUGUAAGUGGCAAACUUGGUCAGAUUUCUCAUGCGACCCGGGACGAACUGAGGUGGUCAGAGCACCUUCCUCGUCGUCUGAUCAGUGUUGCUGCCGUCGAUUCGGUGGCAGCGUCGAACUUAGAACUUGACUCAGCACAGUUUGCCAAGACAUGAACGUAGCUUCUUGACCUUCAGUACUCGACCUCCGUCUCUGGGAGGAAGGGAAUGGGUCUGGGUUUUCCAGAUGCUCUGCCGCAGGUGGUCACGCGUGAAGGGGUACCGCUCGCGACAUGCUAGAACGCUGGAUUACUUAAGGCCCAGUGACCAAGUAGCCCGGGUUCGGAUUCCAGGUUAUCCAGACCUUCGGUUGGGUAUAUCUGCCCGACGCUAGUUAGUAAACCGGAAGUGGCCAUCCCAGCGUCUCUCGUCUUUUAUCGGGAUUCCUUUUUCCGUCAUUGCUUGCACUAAGCGACUGCUCGCGAGGGCUCUAAAUUGGUCUCAAAGACACAGCAGGAGAAGCAUGUUCUACAACCUGAUCAGUGACCCCCCUUCCAAUAAUGACAAACGUGACUGUAUUUUGUGACGGUUCAGUUCUGCCACGUCUGAUGCCUGCGCUCAGAUCACGUCGGGGUCACCAACUUUGUGGCGAAUAAGCAGUGAGUGCACUCAAAGCGCUACAAUAAUCAGGUCAAACCCCGAGUCGCCGUAUCCUGUUAAUAUCUUCUCCCCGUGUGGAGUUUUUUAGGAACGGUUAGUUGGUCAGGCUUAUGGCCACGAUUGCUCACCGGAUCAGUUUGCGGCCAUUCCACGUGUCACAAGUGUUUUUCGCGUCUACUUCGUUGUCGGUGGUUUGCGGUCCGAUUAGAAGGCUAACCACUGCCUUCUCUGGCAGUUUCUUUGUAUGCGCAGUGCAGGUGUAAAACCCGAGCAGACCGGACUUCGAGGUCAAGGUUGAUGUCUUGAUAAACCCUUUACUCCGACGCGUCCUUCGAGCUUACGUUGCUGGCCUUGCUUCCGUCCUUUGCGAUUUCCGUUGCAGAUACCGGAGCAAACUAUUCUUGUCGACUAGUAUGUACGCUCGUCCUACUUAUGUCUAAUUUCUAGUUUUCCGCAACCCUUCCACAAUCCUCUAAAACGCAGUCUGGAAAUGAACCACUAUCUCGUCCAUUCUUUCCUGUAUUUCAUACCGCCUGACAAAGGACACCAGAAUGAAGGGUUUAUUGUAUACAGAACUCUGAGUUGUCCCCUCAGGCGGCAGUAGCCGCCAGCGAAGACAGGGCAUGGCCGGUGUUGACUGCAUCCAGUCAUGCCUGGUCCCUGGGAUAGCGGUGGCAGCCGCAUUUGUAGGUUCGUGGGCCGAGCCCAAGUGUUCUCCAAUCUGUGUGCGUUGCAUUUCCCGAGGGGUGAUGUUCAGGUGGCUUAUGUCGUGUUUGCGACGGGUGUUGCGUGGGUAGCUGCGACUGUGUGGACGCAGGUGUGGCUGUGCCGAAGUCGGUCGAUUUGCUUCAGGUCAACGCGCCAGGAACGGCCCGCUGCAAGGGCCGAAUGACCUUGAGGCAGCUAGGCCUUGGACAUGGACAUCAAACAUAGCCACGAUGGCUGUCGGCAGCAAUUUCCUAGUGCUGAUGACCAUAAACUUCGUUUUCUUAACUCCCCUCGUAGUGUAUUACGUUUUCUUGGCUUUUGGCGCAUGAAGUAAAAAGUUAUUUGACUGUAUGAAAAGUUUACUUGUUGUGUUUUUCGAAACACCUUAGUAUGGCGUGUAUCACUCCCCCCGUAUAAAGAGGCAUCUGAAAACUCGUGCAAUAUUGUUAUGGGCUUGGUUCACUAAAUUCUUUAAAGUAGCCCCGUUAAGGUUGUGGAUAUGCGAUCACUCAAAUAGCUCCCAGAGUGUCGAAAAUGUCUCCAUUAAGACCCCUUUUAAAACUGCGAUAAACCCGCUCUCCAGGCAACACACUUUAAAAAGGCGUACUUUCCCAUAAAGUUUACUUGGUGCGGUUGUGAUCAUGCCCCAUAAAAGCCGGUCCCUAAGUGUGACGACCUGCGUCAGUGCAUCUAAAGAGUUCAAUUCAUCCUCUUAUCCAGCGACGCAAACCGAAUACGGAUUGUCCAAGAACCACUUCCAUGUCUUGGUGAACUGUGUCGAGCCAGCUUCUGAGUUGGCCCCCUCUUCGACGCCUCCAGAUGGACAACGGUGUCGGAUCUUGGUCGGCGCAAUACCGAGUUCAUGAGGCCUAUAGCCAUAAUGACCAUUUUGGCCCUCUUGCCUCAAGGUCAUUCACCUUCAGGCGCACCGGCCUUCAGCCACGCGACCGACUUCAACUCGGACGUACGUGCGUCCACAGAGUCGCAGUUGCCAAUGCGCCACUUGAGCGUACAAGUUCCCCCCCCCUCCUGCGAACACAUGACAGUUCAUUCAUCGACUUCGACGACGACGUCCAGCGUGUGCUCUACAGCAGACACGAUGAGUUGCGCGUGAUUCCUUUUAUGGUGAUAGUAGAUCUGCGAAGCUCUUACCGCACUCUCUGCGACUCCCCAACCUGGACCCAGUGUCAAGACGUUGUCAAGAGGAUCGAAGGCGCAGAUGACUGGCGCGGCCGAAGCCGCCGCCUAGGCGUGCUGUCACAGCAGAACACAACAUAGUUCACACGGAUCCUACCCCUCGGUAAAUGCAACACAAACCCCUUGGACACCACCCGAGCUUGCCCCACAAACCUACAAAAGCAGCUGCCGCCACAGUCUCACGAACCCUCAGGCAUGACUGGAAACAGUUAACAUCAGCCCAAGCGACGCAAACCGAGUACAGAUUGUCCAAGAACCACUUCCCUGUCUUGGCGAACUGUGUCGAGCCAGGUUCUGAGUUGGCUUCCUCUUCGACGUCUCCAGAUGUACAACGGUAUCGGAUCUUGGUCGGUGCAAUACCGAGUUCAUGAGGCCUAUAGCCAUCAUGACCAGUUUGGCGUCUUAGUUCAAGGCCCUGUUGCCUCAAGGUUAUUCACCUUCGUAGUGAACGGCUCCAGACGCGCCGGGGUGCAGCCACUCGAGCGACUUCAACUCGGACGCGCGUGCGUCCACAGAGUCGCAGUUGCCAGUCCGCCACUUGAGCUUACAAGCCUGCCCCCCUCCUGUGAAUACGUGACAGUUCAUUCAUCGAUUUCGACGACGACGUCCAGCGUGUGCUCUACAGCAGACACGGUGGUUUGCGCGUGAUUCCAUUUAUGGUGAUAGCAGACCUGCGUAGCUCCUACCGCACUCUCUGCUCCUCCCCCACCUGGGCCCGGCGUCAAGACGUAGUCAAGAGGACCGAAGGCUCUGGUGGCUGGCGCGGCCGAAGCCGCCCCUAGGCGUGCUGGCACAGCAGAACACAACAUGAGUCACGUUAACCCUGCCCCUCGGCAAAUGCAACACAAACCCUGUAGAAUUCUCGGUAAAUUGGGUCACGCGUACAAGCCAAAACAGAUCUCGGUGUAUAUACGGUACUAUUGAUAGAAUAAGGUUAUAAUAAAAAACGUACAAACCCCAACAAUGGAUACGCUAGACAAAGAAUUCUUAGCUCAAGGUCAGAAUAGAAAACUUGUUAAUUAAAAGGACGCCGAUCACGCUCGAAAGAGGGUUACAAAAAGGGGGAAGAGGAAUGUCAACAGGAGCCAAAUGUGGAAGCACUGGCGAGGAGGACGUGAAGAAUUCCAAGCGUUGACCAGCUGGAUACAACAAACCCUUUGGACACCACCCGAGCUCGCCCCGCAAACCUACAAAAGCAGCUGUCGCCACCGUCUCACGGACCCUCAGGCAUGACUGGAAACAGUUAACAUCAGCCCUGGCUCCGUCAGCAGCAGCAGCAACCGCCUGUAUGUGAUAAAUCCCUCAUUCUGGUGACUUCUAUCUUCUCCUUAGGGAGUCGAUAUUCGGCUGUUUAGUGGCUACAAAUGUGUGCGAUAAAUGCCUCUUUUCUUUGAACUACAGCGAAGUGUAUCCAAGCCUCGCAAGGGAGUUGAGAAAUACGCACUUUUUAAGUAGUAGGCCAUUUACAAGUGGCUAUCUGAGAAGUUAUUAAACCAAAAGGCAACGGCUCUGUACCAAGUUCCAUGCCAACUAGUACUUCAAUCGCACUCCGCCAAAUUUCUCUUUUCGAAGGCAUACUACAUACCGAUUGCAGCAUAUGUUAACUGAAUUUUUGCUUCUGUUGUAUGUACAGUAUUCCCUCUACUCCAUCACUCCACGAAUCGAUUUUGGCUUAUUACUAGAUUUACAUCUUUUUAGAAUCUUUACGUCGGUUAGCCUGGUCCGGAAUACCUCACGCUGUUCGGUCUACGGUGUGGAAAUUGCUUUCAGUAAGUGCCCCCCUACUCGGCGUCUUUGUUUGGCUUUUUCCCCUAGACAGGACCAGUUUGAUUGACCCCACAUACGAGGAUGCUUAGGUGCGCACAAUAAGUCUUCCUUUCCAGCGCCAUGGGGCCAUUAAUCAUGACAGAUCCAGCCAGCAAAGUUCUGCAGGUUGCCAACAUCGCAAAAAACGGCGUCCAUUGCGGCCGUUGGCUGGGGGCGAUGUUAGGCCGAAAAUGCAGGGCCACUCACGCCUAAACGUGAUAACCUUGGCGCCGUUGCCAGCGACGGGCAAAGAUGACGUUUUCGACUAGCCCCUCUUUUGGGUCGAGGCAGCGCUUGAACGCGCCAUCGGUACCGACGAAUAAGGUUGUGUUCUUGGUAGUUUUUACUGUUACUCGUUGGGGAUGCGGCCGGAGAACCGAAUAUGAAGAAUCUCUAAAAGCAGUGAAAUACCAGCCGAAAUUGUACUAUCGAGUCCUUUCAAGGUUAGCGUAUUAUUGGUCGUAGGUAGCCCUCGAAAUCCUGACAUGUACCCAGGCAGUAAAUACGCAUGCUGUGAUUAGAUAAUCCAAUUUGAUACGAACUCAAACAGGCGGCCAUUUUAGAACCCGAUGCGAAUUCAAUCGUUGUUUAGACAGAAUCUACCAGCCACUCCCAGACGGCGGACAUAUAGAGGCAACAGUCAUGUCUGUCCUGGCGGCAGUUUUUCAUGCUCUCGGAUCUGACGUUUUUUGUGAGAAACGGCUACUUCAUAACUUUACUGCACAAAACUGACGACGGAUGGUAACCCAGCAGCCCAACAACGGAGAAACCGACAGUCGUGAAAACGCUAUCAUGUAUUGUCAGCAUGUCGGCGCCCCUAUAUCAGCGUCAUUUGGCGAUCCGAAGCGAUAGUUGUGGGGUCUAAGACCUCCCUCUCAAGACGCUGGGCGUUGCCUGUUGUGUCCGAGGUAGUUCGUGCGAAGUAUUGAUGAUGAAAUUGUCUCCCUACUCGAAAUUUACAUCGCCACGAAGAUUCGCGUGCACCGUGCAUCCGUUCGGCCAGUCCGUCUAUCGAUUUUGAAUGCUGGGCUAUGUGCGUGGAAGAUGAGCGAAGGCUGGGGGUAUUUGGACACCGCCUCUUGAAGACCAUCCCUCAAGUGGAGUACGCCAACUUUAUCUCAAAUGAGACAGUCCGCACUCUCUGCGACAACAUCGCAAGGAUAACCCAGGCCAUCCAGGAAAGACGACAGAGGUGGUUUGGGCAUGUUCCUCGUCCACUUUACGUGCCCAAUGUUACUGCCCUCGACCAAUCACCAUCACCCCAUUGGAGGCGUCGAAGAGGAGGUCAACUCAAAGUCUGGCUCGUCACAAUCCCUCACGACAUGGAAGUGGUUCUCGGACCCUUGGUAUUUGAUCUCCGUCGUUGAAUGGGUAGAACUGUUCAGAUCUGCCGCCGUGGACCGUCACGCUCGGAGAAGUACAGUCUGUGAUAUCAUCGAUGCUGGCUAGAUUAGACGUGCUCGCAGCCGUGCCAAGUCCAAUUAAUCACUUGCUCCGGUAGGUCGGUAGCUAGAUGCGAUCACAUCGGGGUGGCGGGAAGGAUAGAUCCAGUGUCUUUGGUGGCUAACCAUUACCACGACUGAACGGGUUUAUCUUCGAGAGGAAAAAAUCUACAUCCAAAGAAAUGCAUGAGCAGGAAAAAAGAACACAAGAGACUUGAAAAGGUGUACGACGAGACUCAAAGUGCACCCAAAAUUGAACACCUCAUGAGGCUUUUUGUUUUUUGCCAACAAACUUUCUUCACUUUUGCGGGAGAGACCUAUGAACAAAUCAAGGAAACCCCAAUGGACUCACCGGUUUCCGGUUUAGAGGCAAAGAUGGUCCUAUAGGAGUUAGAAAAGAUUGCCUUCCUCCAACGUGAGUCGGUAUGUUGGCGCCGUCACGUAAACGACACGUUUUUUUAUCGUAAAGAAGGACGUGCUACAACAUUUCCGCGACCUGCUCGACGCGGUCUACCCUGAUAUAAAAUUCACGAGGGCAGAAGAACAGGAACGGCAGUUGCCCGUCCUUGAUGUGCUCGUCAGACGAAACCUUAACGAUGAACUUCAGACGACGGUUUAUGGGAAGGCAACGAACGCCACACAGCUUCUCAGUUUUCACAGCAACCAUUCGGUGGCUCACAAACGAAACUGUGUGAAGACGCUUUUCAAACGGAUCCAAACUCAUUGCAGCAAACCGUAGGACAGAGCCCGUGAGGCCCGUUAUCUCCGCGACCAGUUUGUGCAAAAUGGAUAUCCGAGGGCAUUCAUAAGUCGCUGCCUACGCGGUCUCCACCAGAAGACUUGAGCAUAAACAUCACCAACGAUAUGACAUUGCCAUAAAUCACGGGCGUUUCUGAAGCGACUGAGCGCAUUGCUGCGGAGCUAGGUGUUGGAAUUGCACACCGCCCCAAAGCCACCAUGCGCAAUAGGGUCAUGAAAAUCAAAGACCGGUUAAGGCCUGAAGAGCAAUCUGAAGUAGUGUAUCACAUUCCGUGUCAAAAUUGUCCUUGUUACUACACAGGGCAGACUGGGCGCAUGCUCGGAUCGCGCAUACACGAACAUAAGCUGGCUGUGCGAUGAGGCGACGCAUUUUUCACAAGUGGCCGCCCGCAUCUACGAAAUGGGUCAUGAGUUUAACUUCGCAGCCGCCAAAAAUAGUCGCCCACGCCGGAAACAAAAACAGACCGAAAAUGAAUUGAAUCCUGGGCCUCGGAUGAGAACUCGGUCACUCGAUUUAUCGAUCUGGCGCCGGCGUACGGAGCCCUGCGUAGUCACCUCCAGUCUUGCGCUGUCGGUCGAUGAUUGGCCUGCAUGCCUGAUAACUGUCGCUUGUUCUGUUGCUGCUACUACCUCUGACGAUGGACUCCUGCACGAGCCAGAUAGCCCCCAGAACAAUAAACCGAAUAUUCCGAUGCUCGACCACCUUUCUUCUUCACUUAAGAACAGAAGGGACGUAGCACUACAAACGUAGUUUGUCCUAUAACCCCCCUUCCCUCCUAUGGUGCGGCCUUAUGUCAGCCAAUGGGGAACCGCCAACGGAGAGGGGAAACCAACGCGGGAUGUGGGAUGGUGCCGGUGAAAACUAGUGAAAAAACUUCAUCAGUCGCCUACACCUGCCGAUCCCGCUACGCCGUGGUAAGAUAGGCCUGCACAGCACUCUGUCUCCCCGUUUAACUUGUUCUGGUGAUAGGCCAAUAUCAAGACGACCAGAGGUGGGGGCUUGGGCACAGUGAAUCGCAAAGCUAAAUAACCGCCAGCCUGUGCCACACACGACCUAGGAUCGGAUCGGAUCUCACAUGCGUGACAGUGUCAUAAAGGCCACAUAAAGAGGAAUUAAUUGCAGCCUGAAGAGAGUUAGCGCAUCGAUCGACAACCUCCCAGGACGCGACUCUUACCGUCUCGUGAAUGAUUCGAGCGCGUCAAACUUACGGCACUGACCAAUGCGAUGAUUCGCCACGUGGGCGGAUUCCUCAGCGUUGGCCUCAAGCACUCCCUCCUCUUCCCUGCGCUAGUCGACUGUCCUCGCCUCUCAAUUAACCGACGGGGGAAUUUGGUGCAGUGGCUGACGUGGUGUAGGGCGUGUCGCAGACGCAUGCAUGACAGUAGUUAUGGGCCCACGUGAACCCAGGCAGCCCGAUAAACGCGCGUCGUGAGCCGGUUUGUCCUCGGCGACAGUCGCGAGAAACUUGCCGGUCUGACCGCGCGAGCAUCUUGGAGCUUGAUCUCAUCAUUCUCUCCCAUGACAAACCGUUGUUAGUUUUCGAAACGUCAGAAAGAUAGGCGUGCUGUUUCUUAGAAGUCCCGCUCCUCAUCCGUGUCUGAGAUCGCUUUGUGCUCAGGGCAGGCUGCCGUAUGGUAAAUACUAAUCUCUGACACCCCAGAGUGGGUCUUGGCAUGAUUUUUUUCUACAGAACUGUCGGCACUGCCACUUGGCGGGCGUCGUAAACGCGAGUAACACAACCGCAGGACCUUAGUCACAGGUAACACCUGCACCGAAUGGAGGUCGAACUACUGUGUGUGAUUGAAUGAACCGCCAGGAACCGUCAUCGCUGUCGAAGUUGCGAGCUGUCUCUGCUGCUGGCCCGUAACUUGCACCUCCCCCAUGUGAUACGCAUAUUCUCGGUUGGGCUUUAGUUUAACAGUUGGGGAGGGAGAGGGGAGUCAGCUCAACGGUCGGCGUGCAAUUAGUCCUAUUAGCGUACACUUAGGCGGACAAGGUUUGCAGUGCUAACAGACGCCUUUCAGGGACACACAAUACCGGCUAUUCUUGAAACGACCUUCAACCCCGAAGUCCCAUGUGUUAGGGCAGUAGUCAACAUGAUCAUGGUUUCCAGGGGCCCCUUUUUCUCACCCACCCGCCCUUCCUAUUGUGGUACCGGAUUCGAGUAAUAUCCCCCCACCGUUAGCGUCUGAUUCGAUGAAAACUGGGAUCGGUAUAUGUUAGCAGAUAUCCCCUAAACGCUCUUCAUGAUGACUAGAUAAGAGGUGCAAUUGUCACUUCGCCGGGCUGUCAUGACCUUCCGUCAUGAAACCCAGAAUAGUGUCGCGAUCAGGGCUUGUUUGUCGUUGAAUUUGGCCUGCGGAACGAUCCGUUCUCCAAUGCGUGAGUGCGCUAACGUAGAGGCUCUAGAUGUAUCCUAGAUCGGCAACUUUGCAGACAUCAGACUACACUAAGGUGCUGUACUCUCUCACCCAACUUAAUACAUUCACAUAAUUCUUACCUUACCACUGUGUUGCACUCGAUCAUUACGGGAUUUAAUACUGCUUUCUCUUUGCCAUCCACGUUGCUGCCUUGGAACGCCAUUAGGUCUCCUCACGAAAUGCCCUGAGGGUAACGUCCCGCCUUUCGGCUGUGUCCGUUGGGACCCGAACCGUUGUUUUCUGCAUCUAGACAUCGGCGAGUGGAAAUAAAGUAGGCCAUAAUGGUCUUUUAGAGCGUCAUCUAGGAUCUAGUAGAAAGCCUUAUAUUGAGCAGUAACCCCAAAUUAAACCAGUUUUUGCGGGCUUUUGAAGUUGGAUUGGACUUACUAUUCGCUGGCUCUUAUAAAAGGUUUUUUUGAGAGCAUAUCUUUCCCUUUGCUCGCUUUCUCUCGCGCCCAUCUUUGUAGGACUACCUUCCCGCCUCCCAGGAACGGCGAGCCUUCACUCUUCUAAGCAAGCGUAAGCAGUAUGCCGACUUGGCUGGUCAAUUCUUCUCUCUCCGCAAUCACCACUCCGGCUCCGAUAUUUUCCUGCAAAUUCAGAAGGACCUCCUCCGCAUGCCCAUACUGCACAGGCAUCAGGAGAUUUUCGAUGUAGGUCCCACCCUUCUCUAUUUGUCUUUUUUAUCUAUCCUCCUCCUCCUUCUCCUCCUCCUCCUCCUCCUCCUCCUCCUCCUCCUCCCACCCCUUUUCCCACUUUAUCGGAUUGUCAAUGGAUGAUUUCACGAGGCCUCAUUUCUCAGGUCCCAGUAAAGUCUUUGCAUUUUCUUGCGCCCACUCAUGAAUUUCAUCAAACGAUUAGCCAAAAUGCUUAAAUUUGCCGUCAAAUGCCAAAAUGGCGAUAAUCACAACACGUCGACCACCUGCCUAACAAACUACCACACCAAUGCCCAUAAGCAAUUCCCUUUGUCACCAGUUUUCGAGAAUCAUUUAAGGUCCUUCAGUGCUCUUAGAAACGACUUCCGAACAUCACGUUGUUCAAUGUAAUGUUUUAAGAAACCGCAUCUUUGUUAAGCAACCGACAGUCUUUUGUGAGCAUAAUCCGUAAACCUGUGCAUUGAUGAUUGCGUAUUUAUUCGGAAAAAUUGUGUUUAACAGGUCUGCCCUGCGAUAUUUGUUUUAUCAGCUUUCAAUCUGUUGUUUCACCUGCUCGCACCUCCUCUUUGUCACAUAGUAGGUGAAAUAUCAAAGUACCCGCUUAUGUACACGGCUUUAACUUGUAGCUGUUUGAACGCGUCCUCUUUAUCUGGUCCGUCCGUCACCCCGGUAGUGGCUACGUCCAGGGUAUCAACGAUCUGUUGACACCAUUCUUUGUCGUCUUCCUCUCCGACUACGUGAAAACGGGUGAGUCUUUUGUCAAUGGACUUGUUCAGGCACUUUUUCGUACUCCGAUCAGCGGGUUCCCCCCCCCCCAGCGAGCUGCGGCCACCUGCGUAGCACUAACUCCCUCUCAGCGCCCCCCUCCCACAACCAACCAAUCGCAUCUACGGCCGCUUCCCUAUGUGGCUCCUAUGCCGAAUGUGUGGUCCCAGCCGGAGACUAUCACGGUGCGCCAAGCGCCGUGACUUGGAAGGCUGCUGCCCGACGCCUCAACUCAGCCCACGCAGCCUGCCUAGUUGUGUGGAGUGGCGGACUGGUGGUGGACUGAGAGCAAGUCUGUCACGGCGCUUUCCUAAAGUGUUACUUAAUGGGUUGUGCCGUUCACACCCAGCCUUGGAAGAGUGACGACCCAGGCAAAUGCAGGGCUGUGUAUCACCCUUUCUGGCUCUAAGGUUUGUGAGGGUCUGCAACGCCAUGAUCAGCAAACCAUAGCCCUCACAGUCUGGUGUGAGCUGGCAGUUCCCCAGUACUUACAGUGAGUGACCUAUCUCAUGAAAUGUUGGCUGGAAUUCUGAAAUGCGCUUUCGAUUAGGAAGGACUACUUGGUCAAGGUUGUAAUACUGAUUAUCUUACAGCAUAAUUAUAAAACAUUUCGGACUCGGCAGGAUGUCAGCUUUUGAAUGCACUGCUUUUCAAUCUCCAGUAGAAACCGCACUCGGUAAGAAAUGACUACUUAAGUAGCAUGCAUUUUCCCAUUGAUUCUCGAUGGUCUUGCAAAUUCAAAUAUAUCUUACAGAAACCAUAAACAAAAAUAUAUUUUCUUUCAGUCAAUUAAUAGAGAAUUAGGUCAUCUUCAUAUUUUAUAUAUAAGGACGGACUAUAAUUAGGUUUUAAAAAAGUUUUCUAAUUGCCAAAUAAUUUGAAGCCUGAUCAUUCGUUGCAUUAGCUCUUAGUGAUUUCAGUCUACAAGGUGCAUGCGUUCCGCGCAGAUAAAAUCACAUAUUUUUCUAUGCCAUUAAAAAGAUAUCAUACAGAGUUCAUAAAAUUUUGCAAUGGAUGCGGAUUAUGUUGUGCAUUUCACGAGGAGCUGUGGUAAACGGCCAGGUACGAUGCUAUGUAAAUGGACAUUGUGCGGUUUUAAAAAAUCUCAUGAUGAGAAACUUUUUAAAAACCUGAUUAUACUCCGUCCUUAAGUAUAAAAUAUAAUGAAGACGUGCUUCUCUAUUAAUUGACUGAAAGAAAGCAUAUUUUUGCAUGACCAUCGAAAAUCAAUGGCAAACAUGCAUGCUACUUAAGUAGUCAUUUUUUACCAAGUACGCUUUCUACAGGAGAUUAAAAAGAAGUGCAUCUAAAAGCCGACAUCCUGCCGAGUCCGAAAUGUUAUAAGAGUAUGCCACAAGAUAAUUAUUAUUACAACCGCGACCAGGUAAUCCUCCCUAAUAGAAAGCGCAUUUCAGAAUUUCAGCCAACACUCACUCACUGUAAGUACUGGGGAACUGCCAGCACACAGCAGGCUGUGAGGACUAUCGUUUGCUGAGACCAUGGCAUAGCAGACCCCCACAAACCUUGGAACCAGAAAGGGUGAUACACAGCCCUGCAUCUGCCUGUGCCGUCACCCUUCAAAGAUUGAGUGUGAAAUGCACAACCCAUUAAGUAACACGCAUCCCUUACAUGCGUGAGGGUGCCUCAGGCCACUUUAGGAAAUCGCCGUGACAGACUUCCUCUCAGCCCUGUAGUCCCCUGGCAGUAGGUGCACUUGCGCUCCCGCUGGGUGUACACAGGUCGUGUGCAUAGCUGCCCAGUCAUUCUCGUCCUUUCUGCUGUUGUUGUUGUUGUUGUCCGACGUCCUGGUCAGUUGUUUUUGUGUGGUGGUACGUCUAGGUGUGAAUCCGGUCGUGCCAGCCACCUGCGCCCUCUCCCGCCCCCCCAGUCUUCUCGACUCUCUGUCUCGAAACCGGGCCCAGGUGGGGGAGGAGGAGAAAGUGCGAUUGAUGCCGCGCAAGUCUAAAUUCGCUAUAGAGUACUUCAGCGCAAGUCACCGUGCCUGCCCUCGCCUUGCUGUGGAGCGCCUGGUGGGCGUCGUCAGGCACGGCGGUUGAACUGUCAUGUAUGUGUGUGAGUCCGCGACUAACGAUCGUGCACGCUCUCUCCCCACACACACACAGACCGUGUGAGCGCGACUUUACCAGCGGCGAACUUUAGUCUGGCGAUGUCAUUUCGAUUUGCAGGGACACUUUAUCUCACGGUUUGCAGACCUUUAGAAACAUGUGCACAGACAGUUUAACCAACUGACCCAAAUGGGUUUUAACUGAUGGCCUUAAAAGGUUGCGGGUCAACGCCACUACUCCUGACCAUGGAUUUAAGAGUUAGCUCGCCGCCGCCACUACCACUACCAAAACCAUCGUCAUGAUCAUCAUUGUCAUUGCCAUUGACCGCAAACCUGACACUGGGUCAAAAGGACUCAAGCUGUCAUUCACACAGGUGUAAUCACAUGAUAGACCAUAACUUGCGUGUGCCUGGUACAGCUGGCCUCGAAUCGAUGUCAUGAAUUGUACUCCCACGCAUGACAAUCUGCGCCAGCAGAUAUAGAGAGCUCGAUCCGUUUUCUUCUUUGACCAUGGAGUCUAAAUUUAGAUGGCAGACUGUGUGGAGGCAGGUCCUGAAUUGGUCUCCUCUUCGACGCCUCCGGCCCCGGAAUGGGGGGCAGCAACACUGGGCUCAUGAGACGAACAACGAAAAACGCACCCAGGUCACUACAAUCGUACUGUAUGAUCUUAAAUAUCCUCGCGAUAUUGUCGAAGUGAGUUUGGAGUGUCUCAUUCGAAAGGAAAUUGGAGUACUUCAUUCGAAGGAUGGGGUUUCAGGCAGCACUGAUCAAAAACUUUCAGCCCUCUCUCAUCUUCCACGUGCACAGCCCAACAUUCACAACCGUACUGCAGUACUCAACAGACGGACUCCCGCUACAUACGGAUCUUUGUGGCAAAUAGAUCACAGCAAUAGUGAAGAGGGUUUGGUCAGAUGUGGUUAUGUAGCCCCACCUGAAGUAAACAAACCCCAGCCACCUGUAAUAUGGAGCCGGUGGUAAUAGGGGUUUUUACAGGUGGAGUCGGGGAACGCACAGGCGACGAGGUCAAGUAGUUGUGUGCGAAACACGCGUGUAUGGACUUUUGGCUAGUACCUGUGCUGUUAGUAUGGUAUCACUUUACGGAUGGAAGCGAAUAUGUAUCACUUUACCCUAAAGUAUACUACUAGCUGCCUGUCGGCAGUUAAUGAAUAUUACGUGGUUACCUGCUGUGGCUGAUGGACUUCGGCCAAAUAUUCAUAAAUAAAAUUCUCGGUCUGAGCCUGUAGACCUCGAAUAAACUGAUCUACUCCAACUCCGUAGGAAAUUAAAAAGCGACAACUUCUAAAUCGGAGUAUCUACCAGAAAACACACAGAAAAUGCAGCGGCAAAACAUCGGCGAAACACUCGUGUAUGGGCUUUUGGCUAGUGCCUGUGCUGUUAGUAUGGUAUCACCUUACCCUAAAGAAAAGCUAUUGGCAAUACGCGGUUGUACGUUGAAUGGUUGAGAAAUAGAUGCCUUAACCACUAACCCUAACCACCUAAUCCCAACCGCUAACUCUAACCUUUAGCCCCUAACCCUAAGUCCUAACCCAUAACCCCAUACCCCAACUCCAAACUUAUCCCUAACCCCAAACCUAACCUUGGAACAUCCAAUGCGAAGGUUGGAAGGAGAUGAUAGUCCGAAAGUCAGGAAAGACCACAGGCAAUGGACCGAAAAUGAUAGACGCGGCAGCAAAGAGACAAGGCCGCCAACAGAACCCACGCCACAACGCACAGCAACACCAUGCCAACGUAAUCACACCAACCCAAAAUACCUAAGUAGCUCAAUAGUAUUGUGUCCAUCAGGUGCGGCUACAUAACCACAUCUUACCAAACCAGGUUUCUACUCCAACAGUCGAGUUUUUCUUCCGUGAUGCAAAAUUAUCUGGGGUUUCAUGGAAAACCAGUCUAAUGCUGACAAUUUUCGUUGAAACGAGGAGAACCAUUACAUGGUAACUUCGAGGUUACUAUCUUUUGUGCUGUGGCGUAAAUGAAGGACAGGUAUUUGCCAGUUGGCCUUCCUGUCGCCUAGAUGGAUUUACCACCAGGGGGAAACGACGACGUUUACUCUGCGAUCCGAGGUGUAGACUUUAAAGAAAUCCUCCAACCAGGACACUCGCAGUUCCGUGUGCUGGCGACUGACACACCAAUAGGCUUUAAGGAGAAUAAAUAUUCCAAUGAGCUGGUAGUGGGAACUGGAGUUUAAGGAAACCACAAACGACUUCUAGGUCCCGGGGUUAGACCAGGAAUCCUUCCCGUCCGUUGUUUGUUUCUCCGAUUACAAAUGGUACCCCGCUUAUAACUAUUUUCUCCCUGUUGCUCUUCGAUAGAAAGGACCUGUUUCAACAUUUGACUUAACCAUUCGAUUUAUUAUAUGCUCACUAAUAUUGGAUAGACAACCCUAACAGUACUGUGUCCAUCAGGUGGGGGGAUACAUAACCACAUCUUACCGAAGAUUUCCAAAAGAACGACGCCUGAUUCCAUGUGAUUUCGACUAGUUUGCCAAUAAGCCGCGAAAAAUUAUCGCGGCCUCCAUUUCAGGACAACUAAACCCCCUCAACCCUGUCGAAGCCUGUGCUCAGGGCAUUUAUUCCUCGGACCAAAUUUGCUGUCCUGCUGACUUUUUUGUUGCGUCCUCUGACCACAUGAACGAGCAUAGUCCGAUGUCGCAGGGUCCAUGGAACAUCAAAUUGCCGGAUAUAACUAUCGGAGCUCAUGAAGCCCGGACAUGGACCCACGUUACCGCCUCUGUGACUGGUGCGAAUACCCAAAGGGCCAGCUCUCCACGUGCUUAGUGGAAGGCAGCUCUUUUGCGCCCACCCAUUGGCCAACCACCGAUCCAUAAAAUGAGUCCAGUCGUCGCAACCGUCCGCUCAUCACUCUCCUCCGUCUAGCGUCCUUCGCGUCCGUACAGAAGCCAAUGUGUCGUGCUCCCAGUAAGUAGCCGGUGCGGAAAGCUGUCGUCAGCUAUUGCGAGUCACUGUCGUAGGGACUGAAUUUUGGCCAUCCAAUGCUCUCAGACAAAUCUUGACGCCACUGACCCCAACAUUCUAAAUACUGAAGCUGCGCGAUUUCAGCCAUUCAAACUCUAGCAAAGAGUAACCCACACGGGUAACCAGUAUCAGAGCUUGAUCGACAAAGAAGACGCAUACUGAGACGGAAUCUGAUCCGGACCUAUAAAGUGUUCUUGAUGCACAUCUGAUAAUUACUAGUUUACAAUACCUAUUGCCAGAGGGCACCCACUCUGGCGUAACUGCUUAUCCUAAAUCAUGGUCGCCAAUGUACCAAAUCUUCUAAUCCAGGCAGGAAUUUUAGGAGCCCCAUCCAUACCUGUUUCAUGAGGUUGAGCUGUCCGGAUCUGCUGCCGCGGAUCGUCACGCGUGGAGAGGUACAGUUCGGGACAUCAUCGAGGCCGGCUAGAUCAGACAUGAUCGCAGCCGUAUCAAGUACAAGUACAAGUAUCCAUACCUGGCAUAUGUGUUACCUUCUUUCUGCUUACUUGAUUUAUCCUGUCCUAGUCACUAUCCUGUCAUUAUCCUGCAGAACUGACCAGCUCGGGUGAGCUCAACUUGUCAGCACCGGUGGAGGCCGCACAGUUGGCUGAAAUCGAGGCUGACGUCUUCUGGUGCCUCUCGCGUCUGUUAGACACCAUCCAGGACAACUACACCUUCGCGCAGCCCGGCAUCCAGAAUAACAUCGCCAUGCUCACCAGUCUCACGGAACGCCUGGAUGCCGACCUGCAUCAGCACUUCCUGUCGCAGAACCUCGAGUACCUGCAGUUCUCCUUCCGUUGGAUGAACAACCUCCUCAUACGAGAGCUACCUCUCAGGUGCAUCAUUCGGCUCUGGGACACCUACCUGGUGAGUUUCCACAGCUUACUUCUGGUCGAGGGGGGGGGGUAAAAGUACCCCUAUGGCCACGCUAAGGUAGAGUAUACCGUGACGCCACUCACUCAAAUCCGCAGGCUAUUUUCCGAAUGCAAGAUAUGCUAGUAAAUUUUCGACCUGUGACGGUAGCCUCCCACCAGAACAAAUGAAUGACAAGAUGCGCCCUGAAAGUCCAUCUAAUUGGUCAUUCCCGGCGCCUAUAGUACCGAGUCAUGACAACGCGCUAUCAACUCUUCUAUGACUGCAUUGUUGGUUGUCGAGCAUUAGCCUCCUUCCUGCGCUUCUGCCCCACCAGCCCUGUAUGCCUUACCAUCCUCUGGCGCAUUGUUUGCGGUUAUAGUCCGAUGACAAGACGUUGUGUCGUGUGCGACACUCGUAGAUGGACCGUCUAGCCCUGUCGGCCACUGGGCAUAACCCCAGUACCAGUUAGCAGAGAGGGCUCGCACGGCCAAAUGGUGCGUAGAAGAGGUCGGAGUCAGCGCAGCUCAUCUUGGAGAGUCGAUCUACGCGGCAGAGCAGCGCAUGUUCGAAUCUAUCUUGACGUGCCUGAGAAUCGGACUUCCAAGUUCUGGAACUGGCGUCCAUGUCGCUACUUCUCAGAAUUAAGAGUCAGAUUCUAUGGCUCAUCCACAAAAUGGCUCCCCCUCACUAAAGCAAGAUCCGAGCUGCCUUCAUGGAAGUUUGGUACAUGUAUUGUGCAUCAGGCCAUGUGUGGUACUCGUAGAAUGGAUGUUCAGCUUUUCCAGCCACCGCGCCCGAAUCAACCUCUAGUAGUUUUGAUACCGCCUUGGCACUCGGCCCAGGUAGGUCAGGGAAGAGAAUGUGGUAACUGUUACGCAAGGAAGAAGGACUGCUAAUUACUUUAUGGAUUGAAAACCGGAGUAGAAAAGAGACCGUUGUGAAAUUUAUAUCAUGAGAGAAGACUGAAAACGUGCAGUUACAUCAGGGCGUUUUUUGUCAGUGCUAUUUCGCGAAUCUGAGUCCACAAAAGACAAAAUGCACACGAGACGUCUAGCCUAGGUACUGUGAUCGAUACUCUGUCGCAGUCCAAAUAGGUGCAUCCGCAGUCUACCUGCCAAGACUGGGAUGUUGAGAAAUGGGAUUGACCGCGUUCGUGCGGCUCACGGCUGGCAUCCAUACAGAAUUCAAUUUUUGAAAAAAAUGUUCGCCGCAAGACCCUUUUAUGCUGUUUGAGUGGUAGCAGGAUGUGACAUUUGUAAGGCUCCGGCGGCGCUUGUGUGGGCAUAUUUUCACGCAAAGCAUAGCUGGACGCGCUAUUAACGCAGGUAACAUGACUACUCCCGAUGCCAUUCUCCGUGCGCGAGUUAACUGGGGGGACAAGUCUUAAAUUAUGCGAAAAAUGGUCACCGCAUCGGGCACACACACCGUAAAUAAAAAAAGCAUUUGGUUGGUCACAUUAUUCAGACCCAUGAGAAGCCCUUAACGAAUUUUUUUUACCCUCAGCUUUAAUAUAGAACAGGGUGGGAUGUUUUUUUCAGCAAAAUAGUUUGGUAGUUCACGAUUUUACAAACACCAGAUCUGCGUUCCUGCGUGUAUGUGUGUGUGCACUGAAGGCUUCUAAUGUACUCUGAACGUUUAGACAUUAGUUAAAAGCCGGCUAUACUAUCACUUCACUACUAUGCGGCUUCCGUAUACAAGACUGUCCCCCAGCUGUUUGCUCAUCGACCUGGCGUCAGAGAAGGUUGUGUUCCGUCGCCUUUUCUGUUCCACUGCGGUGUUCUACACUGUUUUGAAUUAGCACCGGGGCGCCGACCUACUGAUAUUGACAAUGCUGCCUUCAUGCUUUGAGAUGGCUUUACAGCCUGUAGCGUCGCAGGUCAGUUAAGUCACCUUAUUGGUCGGUUUAUCUUUAAAGGCUGUGAAGAGCCGCACACCUGACCAGGAGAAGGCACCCUUCGGUGUUAAUGGCCGUCAGUUCGAGGGAAGUAGACAGUUGCAAAACGACUGGGUGGGACGCCUGCUGAAUGGGACGGAUUAAGGACGACGUCGUCCUCCGAAUCGAUGUUGAUCGCAUGGUUUUUCUAAGGACUAGAAGAUGCCUAUUGAUCCGACGCGGAAUGUCCAUCGUCACGAAAAUCCGCGUGUACUGUGCAUCCAUCUGGUUUUGAAUGCUGGGCUGCCCGCGUGGAAGAUGAGCACAAACUGGAGGUGUUGGGCGACCGGUGAUUUCGAAAGAGACACUUCGCACCCACUGUGGCAACAUCGCGAGGAUACCGCGGACUAUUCAAGGAAGGUGUCUGAGUUAGUUUGGGUGCGUUCAUCGUCAUCCACCUCAUGAGCUCAGUGUUUCUACCCUCGAUCCGACUCCGUUGCCUACCUGGAGCCGUCAAUGAGGCCAGCAGUUCGUCAAGACACGGAAUUGGUUACGUAGACCUUCCGAUAUCCAGUCUCCGUCGCUAGGGAGUGAAGGAGUCGGGCAAAUUAUCCGCGACACCAUCGAGGCCUUCUUGUUCAGACGUGGCCACAGCUGUAUUAAGCAUAUGUGCAGUUCUCCGUCUUAUAUGCUCUCAAGUGGCAUUCUGACGUCAAUCAGGUACCUGUAUGCGAUUUAUCCCGACGGUUCUCAGCCGCUGGAUGGUCAAUGACUGCUGCCCAAAGUUAAUGCCUCACCUACUCGUCACCGGAUACAGAGUCCACUGUGCGGAUCAGCUCCUACUGACAAGUGAAAAAUUGGCACAGUUCACACUGUCAGACACUGUGGGACCUGACUUUUGGACAGCCAAUAACUGACAGUUUGUGGUUCAUGUUUUCAUCUUAACAUCGCGAGUGGGCGUCUUCAGCCACCACGACGGCACGUGACUUUUAGGGUUCAAGAACGGUGCUAGUAGAAAGUUCCAAGGGCUCUGAUAGGUGGACCCCGCACCGUUGGCGAUUGGCCAGUUCCAUACUUCACCAAAUUUCUAUCUGCUAGUUGGCAACCUCACUUUCGCAGAUCCACCUGUUGGUGCGUGGGCGUUGAGAUUCAGAGUUGCAGGGGCAGACGCGCGAUCGCCGGAACAAGAAUCUUAUCCGCCUAACGUCUGGGAUCCACACUCGAGCCCAGCACCAGAGACAGCGGUCACGGUGUUGCUGGCAGUUGCUAUGCCAACGCAUACCUAUUAAAAUUAGCGGAUAUCGCAUCCAUCGCAGACGGUUGUACUGGCUGCGAUAAUUGAUUGAUGGCCCGCAUCCGAGUUGUUAACUGUCGGAUUUUCAUCACCCAUGCGGGUUACCGACGCAAUAAUAACACCUCUACUUGGCUUAUCGAUACUGAAACUGGUCAUGGUGACUAAUUACUCUCCCCAGGCGAAGUCUCGGCACCGAUUAUGAGGCGGGGGGGGGGGAAGUCACUGCGUUUGUUAAUCGGGAGCUGUCCAUUCUUGCCAGCCACCGCGUCCAAUCCCAUCAUCAGUCGCUUUACGAGUCUAUCUGCUGCGCCCAGACCGUAGGGAACGUGCUGAACGGUGGAACUGUCGAGAACCGGAGUGUGUUGUCUGUUGCUGCACUGCACUCUCUUCUCCUGUUUGAGAUCAAGUCAUCUCCCCCCCCCCGGAAGGCCUCUAUAUUACUGAUUUUCCUUACGAAAGCGCCAUACACAGUAGAUGUGCGGUCUCGUGAAAUGUUGACUCAAAUUCUGAAAUGCGUUUUCGAUUCAAACAGAUCACUUAGGCAGGGUUGUAAUGUUAAUUAUCGUGCAGCCUAAUCCUGAGAUAUUCCAGUCACGUGGGUAUCCCGGUUUUCUAAUAAGCUUUUUAUCUACCAACUGCGUAAACUACAUCCCGUAUAAAGUAACUACUCGAGAAGCGUGAAUUAUCCCAAUCGAUUUCCGAUGUCCUUAUAAAUUCAAAUAUAUCUUGCUGAAAACACGCACAAAAAUAUGCAUUAUUUUACUUAUUUGAUUGCAUAUUACGUCUUCUCAAGGGAAGAGCAUCUUUCGGUUUUAGAAGACUCAAUUCCCAAAUAAUGUUGAACUCGACCUGCUAUCAGACUUGCGUUCAGCGUUUCCAAACUACAGGCUGCAUACUUUGCACGCAAGGAAUAUCAUGCAUUUCUGUAUGAAGAGGGCAUAUAGGGCUCGUGAAAUCUCAAAACGGAUGUAGACCACGUUGUCCAAAUUUAUGAAUUUGCUGAUGCGACGCUGUACGAUUGAAAAACCUCAUAGUUAGAAGACACUCUUUCUUCAAGCGCUAAAUGUAGAAAAAAAGUAAUUUGCUACCAAAUAAGUCAAAGAAAGGAUACAUUGUGCAUGUUUUCUAUACAUACAUUUGAAUUUAUUAGGGCAUUGAAAAUCAGUAAGUGGGCUAACUCAUGAAAUUUCAACAGAAAUUCCGAAAUGCGUUUCCGUUUCGAAAAGAUUGAUUAAGUAGGAUUGUAAAACUAAUCCACAUGCAGCAUAAUUUUAUAAUAAUUCAGUUACCCCAGGACUCCGGCUUUCGAACAAACUUCUUUUCGGCUGCAUCCAAAAACCAUAUUCCGUAAAAAAUGACUACUUAUGUAGCAUGCAUUUUUUCAUUGAUUUUUGAUACCCUUAAAGAUUCAAUUAUGUUUCCUGGAAAACAUGCAUAAAAAUAUUCAUUUUUUUGCUCAUUCAGUAGAAAAUUACGUCUUUUUUUAAUUUUACACUCGAAGGAAGGGUAUAAUUUGGUUUUAUAAAAGUUUCCAAUUCCCGAAUAAUUUUGGACCCAACCUGCCGUUACAAUUGCAUUCAAGGUUCCCAAACUACAAGCCGUAUAAUUUCCGCGUACGGAAAACCAUACAUUUCUCUACGGUAAUAAAGGGGGACCAUAUAGGGUUCAUAAAAUUAAGCAGUGGAUUUGAUCUACAUCGUUAACUUUACAAGCCACAUUGGUAAAUGCAGAGACAUGACGAUUUAUGGAUGGCCAUUUCACGGUAUUAAAGAAUCUCACAAUUUGAAACUAUUUUAAAACCGAAUUAUCUCCUUCCUUCGAGUGUAAAAUUAAAAGAAGACGUAAUUUUCUACUGAAUGAGCAAAAGAAUGAACAUUUUAUGCAUGUUUUCCAUGAAACAUAAUUGAAUCUUUAAGGCCAUCGAAAAUCAAUGAAAAAAUGCAUGCUACUUGAGUAGUCACUUUUACGGAGUAUGGUUGUUGGAUGAAGCCGUAAAAAAGUUUGGUUGAAAGCCCGCGUCGUGUGGUAACUUAAUUAUUAUAGAAUUAUGCUGUACGCAGAUUGGUUUUACAACCCUACUUAACUAAUCUUUUCGAAACGGAAACGCAUUUCGGAAUUUCUGCUGACAUUUAAUGAGUUAGCCAACCUUCUGUAUAUUUGAAUUUAUUAGGGCAUCGAAAAUAAAUGGGAAUAACUCACGCUACUUAAGCAGUUACUUUUUCCAAAGCGUAGUUUACGCAGGCGGUCGAUAAGAAAUUUAUUUGAAGGCCAGCUGAAAUAUUUCGCUAUUAGGCCACACGGCAGUUAACAUAACAACCCUGCUUAAGUAAUCUUUUCGAGCUGAAGACGCACUUUAGGAUUUCGGUUAACAUUUCACGAGUUAUCACAUCUACUGUGGUUUGCCCUUCUUUUCGCAGGACAAUUUUCCAGACCAGCUCUGUUUGCGCAUGCGUAGUCUGCAUUCACCGCCUCGUCAUCGUAGUCCACGACUUUUUAUUUUCAAAAAUAGCUGCCUACUCCACGGUUGAUUUCUGUCAUUGCGUGACUGUACUCUGCCUGCCGGCCUGAAACUCUCGCUGAUUCGGCCACGAAUUAAUGCCCAGCAGUGCCUUACGGCGUGGAAGUACACGCAGGUCGAUCAGUGGAGCACUACUGCUAGUGCCAGUGUCUGCAAGGCCAAAUUACUGAGUCAUUAUCACGCCAAUGGGCCACACAAAUAAUGAAAUUUUGGCAUGCGGGCCAUCGGGCCAUUUGGUUGAGGGACGCUCACCGCUCAUUUUUGCGGAACUCACUCGUCCCGCGUUGUGCCUUACGGGCUCUCGCUCUCGAGCCUAACCAGCAGCCGCACAGCGGCGCAUGAUACGGGCAGAAGGGAGACUAGAGCGGCCAUUUCUGGCUUGUUAGCCGUCGUCAGUCAAUCAUACCCAAGCCCGAAGUGUGGAACACCCGAGCCUCGAACUCGCGACCUGUUGGUUUAGAAGUCCACGCCUCUAUCCACCCGGCCACGAGCCCGUUGUCCUGUCGGUUUUCGAUCGGGAAUAUACAAUGGUAGGGGGCGCUCACCGAUCGUUCAUACGGAACUCACUCGUUCCGUUGUGCCUUAAGGGUUCUCUCUCGAGCCCAACCAGCAGCCGCACAGCGGCGCAUGAUAUAUAGGCAGAAUGCUAUUACCGACAAAGACAAGGGAGACUGGAAUGUCCAUUUCUGGCUUAUUAGCCGUCGUCAGCCAGCCAUACCCAAGCCCGGGCUCGAUCUCGCAACUGAUUGGUUAGAAUUCCAACGCCUCUAACCAAUGAGUUAUGGACUCAUUGUCCUGUCGGUUGUGAUCGGGAAUAUACAAUGGUGGAGGGACGCUCACCGAUCGUUUUUUACGGAACUCACACGUCCCAUACUGUGUCUUGGGGCUCUCUCUCGAGCUCAACCAACAGCCGCGCAGCGGCGCAUGAUACAGGCAGAAUGGCAUUACCGACAAAGACAAGGGAGACUGGAAUGGUAUCUACCGCAUUAAGUUCAACCAUCUGCGAUUAAUACAGGGACCGCUAAUUGUGAUAGUCAUGCAGUGGCAUAGCAACUGCUUCCUAUAAUUUCCGCAACUCUCCUGCAUCCCUUAUUUUAUCUAACACCUUCUCCGACAAUGGAACCGAGUUUGAAUCCGAAGCCUAAGGCGAGUAAAAUUCUUGUACUGUACAUCGCGUCUUCCUCUGCCAGCCGGGCGAAUUCCGUCUGAUUCCUUCUCAGUUGCUUCUCAAGUCGGCCCAUGUUGUACUCUGCACAUGUUUGGUCUAUUUCUUUGCAGCCCAAGCAAAAUUACCGCUCAGACCAACAUGAGUCACUUGGAGGGGAAUAAAGCCUGGCUAAUUAGCAGUCGUGACCGAGAUAAUUCUUAGGUAGGACGGCGGGCAGGCGUCAUGUAAGUUGUCAGUUCGAUUGCGCCUGAAAGCGAGCAGUGGAUGGCCUUAAUCGUCUUUCCUAACACAAAUUACACGACUUGAAGAUGUGAUGCGCAGGAUCAGAAACUCAUCAAUGUGGCAACAACAGCUGAGGUUGAUGGCGCAGAAAAUUGUGUUGCGAAUAGCCCUACACGCAGCCUCACCUCCACGUUAUGCUGGAGGCGCCGGCGGUGGUGGUGGUGGUGUCCCUCCGUCAUCCCGACGAGCUACGGCAACACCAACGAAUGUGCGUUUUUUGCAUUUUCUCCGUCUUUUCUCUGCAGGCUGAACCUGAUGGCUUUUCACACUUUCACGUCUACGUGUGUGCCGCCUUCCUGAUGCACUUUGCGGAUGAGCUGAAGCGUCAGCGGGACUUCCAAAGCCUCAUGCUCUACCUUCAGCGCCUGCCCACCCAACGCUGGGGUAAUGACGACGUGCAGAUGGUGCUGGCCGAGGCCUUCCGGCUCAAGUCCCUCUUCUUUUACGCUCCAAAACACUUGGACUACCGGAAGAAGGACAUCGAGUAG